AUGAGAUCUUUGAGUUUUGCGAGAUCUGCGAAGAACACACACGCGAAGAAGAAGAAUGAGACGUUCUUUUAUUCCUCGUUUGUGUUGCUGUUGUUGUUCGUGGUCUCUUUUCUCUCUCUGGGUUUUGUUUCGGCGAAAGAUGAUGCCGAUUAUUUCGUAACAUCUUCAAUUUCUAAAGCGCGAUCGUCGCAAAGGGUUUCGAACGAAGGAGAAAGCUUUGUAUCGUCAGAAAAAAGAAGACGAAGCUUGCUCGCGGAUGAAGAACAACCAAUAACGGAAUCUACGGCAGAAGCGAUUUCAGAGGACGUGCAAGACGCGGCGGAUGCCGUGGACGAGGCGACGGAAACCGUCGCGGAUGCCGCAGAUUCCAUCGAAGAAGCGAACGAAGCGAUAGCGGAAGUGGCGGAGCAAACGGAAGAGGCGGUGGAAGCGGUGGAAGAGGCGAGCGAAGCGGUGGCGGAAAGUACCGAAGCAAUCGAAGAUGCCGCAGAUGCGGUGGAUGAUGCGACGGAAGCGGUGGAAGAUGCGGCGGAGCAAAUACAAGAUACCGCGGAGACGGUGGAGGAGGUCGCCGCGGACGUGGAAGACGCGACGGCGGCGGUGGACGAAGCCACCGAGGCGGUGGAAGACGCCGCGGAUAGUUUAGCGGAUAUUACGGAUACCGCGCAGGAAGUUCUCUCGAACUUAGAAGGCUCAAAAGCGGUGAAUUCGUUGGUGAUGGAUAAAGUCGAGCAAGAGCAAGGCGCGGUGGCGACGGAGUUAUUGACGAUGGCGAAGGAGAUCAACCGCUUGGAAGCCGUGGUCACGAGAUUGGAGAAUUACGAAGGCGGAGGUAGAAGAGGUGGACCAGGAUCUGGUGCUGGUUUAGGCGCGUGGUUUAAAGCGCAAUACGCGGACCAAACCUCUUUCAUUAGUGGAUUAGUCACCUCGUUUUUGGUUAUUUUGUUCAUCGAGGUUGGCGACAGAACGUAUUUCAUCGCGGCGUUGAUGUCGGUGAAACAUUCCCGACGAAUUGUAUUUUUGGGCGCUUUCAGCGCGUUGGCGGUGAUGACCAUCGUGUCCACCUUAUUAGGCGUCGCCGCGCCUAUGUUCUUACCGCGAUGGUUUGUCCAUUGGGCCGCGGUGAUCUUGUUUCUCGGCUACGGCGUCACCAUGUUGUACAACUCCCAAUUCAUGUCCGACGACGUUUCCGAGGAGUUCGAGGAAGUCGAACACGAGUUGGACGAAAUCGCCAACCGACGAUCUGGGAAGAAAUCCGACGACAACAACGCGAGCAAAGACGACGACGACGUGGCGGAAAAAGGCGGCAAAUUGUCGCCUGGAAAGAAAAAAGGGACUUCGAAAAACGAAAAGCAAUGGUGGGAAUUCUUCGUCUCUGCGAUUUUCGUCCAAGCGUUUACGCUCACCUUCUUAGCGGAAUGGGGCGACCGAUCCCAAAUCGCCACCAUCGCCAUGGCUGCCGAUUACGACCCGUACGGUAUCAUCAUUGGCGGUUCCUUAGGCCACGGUUUAGCCACUUCCACGGCGUGCAUUGGAGGUCGCAUCUUAGCUCAGAAAAUAUCCGAGAAGAAAAUCGCCAUGGUCGGCGGCGGCAUCUUUUUGAUUUUCGGCAUCUUGGCCGUCUUCGACGACCCGAGCGCGGAUUACGCCAAAGCGUUGCCGAAGUGGAUGAAGACUUCUUCUUCUGGAAGUGGUGCUCUCCCUUCGGCUUAA